AUGCGGUCUAGCAUUCUCAUGUCCAUCUUUACUCUCCUCGCCUUCGGCUAUGCGGCUCCGGUCAGCGAUGCUGUAUCGGCACGGAGUGAUACCCAGCCCGUGAAGUCCACUGUUGACGGUGGCGUUGUUCCCUUCAACAGUAAACGCGCUGUCGAAGAUAUAGUCGUCCGCGCCCCAAGUGACACUGCGCCGGUCCAGUCGACGCCAGAGGGCGGUGUUGUCCCAUUCAAUAGCUGA